AAUCUGAAAAUAAAAAAUAAAAAAAUCGCAAAUUUAUAUAUUUUAUUGGCCGUUUCAUACCAGCAAUAUUUGGUCAGUCCAUGCUCGCCAUCAAUCCCUCCAUUAAAACGAAGCAUUUCGACAGACAGUCUCCAGUCUCCUUCUCGAUCUAUUCAACCCUGGUCUGAGAGAUCGGAGAGGGAAGGUGGAGGUAGAUAGAUGGCGAAUAGGGUAGAUCACGAAUACGAUUAUCUUUUCAAGAUCGUUUUGAUCGGGGACUCUGGGGUCGGAAAAUCUAAUAUCUUGUCCAGAUUCACCAGGAAUGAGUUCUGUUUGGAGUCUAAAUCCACUAUCGGAGUCGAGUUCGCAACUAGAACUCUUCAGGUAGAGGGAAAGACGGUUAAGGCACAGAUUUGGGACACUGCUGGUCAGGAGAGGUAUCGAGCUAUUACCAGUGCUUACUAUAGAGGGGCAGUCGGCGCACUCCUUGUCUAUGACAUAACUAAGAGCCAAACCUUUGACAAUGUCCAAAGGUGGCUGCGAGAAUUGAGAGACCAUGCAGAUUCUAACAUUGUCAUCAUGAUGGCCGGAAAUAAGUCUGAUCUUAAUCAUCUCAGAGCUGUUUCGGAGGAGGAUGGGCAUACAUUCGCUGAGAGGGAGGGCCUUUCGUUUCUCGAGACAUCAGCACUGGAAGCUACCAAUGUUGAGAAAGCGUUCCAAACAAUACUAGCAGAGAUCUACAACAUCAUCAGCAAAAAGGCAUUAGCAUCUCAAGAAGCAGCGGCCAGUACCACAAUUCCUGGUCAAGGAACCACCAUUAACAUUGAUGAUUCCGGAAACACAAACAAAAGAAGUUGCUGUUCUACUUAAUGUGUGGUAGAAAAUAUUUGAGGGACACAAAAGAUAUGCUAGCAGUUGUCUGUCUUGUUCUCUAUAUUCUUUUUCGUUUUCAUUUUUUGGUGAAAGAGACCUAUAGAAUACUUUUUGACUUCGAGUUGUGUGAUAAAGGAGCUUGUAAAAGUGGAAACAAAGUAGUUUUUGGGAUGGUUUUCUUUGUUUUUCUUUCUCAACAGGUGCUUGAUUUACUGAAUGUUGUUUAACUAGUGUAACUUACUGAUUGUUGUAAUUCUGGAGUGGUUCUGAACAUAAUUUCUCAA